AGUCAUCCUCAACAUUGUUGAAACGAUCGAGCAGUGAUGUAAAGUGGGUGACAAAAGAGUUCAUUUCGGACAAGAUUAAAUAGGGCAAGUUAUUACGCGUUCCCUAGCACCCAUCGGGAUCAGUACCUGCGUUAUGGUACGAUGGAUAACGGAGAGGUGAACGCGUGUGGCGUGUGAGGACGAGAAAACAACCCCGAAACACACAACUCCAUGCGGUUGGUUACCACCACCCGCCAGUAAGCUGCUAAUUACAAUUCAUUGAAUUCUUUCGCAUUUGAUUGGUUUCGGUGGAAAUGCGCCACGAUAGAACCCGUUGCGUUCACAAACAGUCGAAAUUCUUGGUGCGCAAUCAACAGGAGCAGUAGAAUCACAGUGGCAAUCAUCAUAUUCUCUCUCAACUUUGGAAUUAGCAGUGACAGCGCGUAAAUCAUCCCACCAGGGUUUCUUGUAUCUAUUGUAUUGCUACCCCACUGAAUGGACUGCGGGAAUUAAAAGCUUUGACCAGAUCAACCCAUCGUCCAAAAGUGGUGCGCCACGUGUGACAAACGCAUCAGUGUUGCGAUCGGGAACCGUUUUGAAUACCGCACACCGCAGACUGUAAAGGAUGAUGAACAUAACGAACAGCUUUCUGGACGAUACGCUCGUCUAUCUGUAUCGGGAGAUGCAUCAGUACGUGCCGGAGUUUAUCGGUUCGUUCGGGUAUGUGCCGUGGGUAUACUCGCUGCUCGGAUCCGCCCUCAUCGGACUGUCCGGCAUACUGCCCAUGUUUAUCAUACCGGAUGCGACCAAAAAUGGCAAGGAAUCGGAGCUCAGUGAUCCGGCCGAAUCGAAGACACUGAAGAUACUCCUUAGCUUCGCCGUUGGUGGUUUAUUGGGUGAUGUGUUUCUACACCUGCUGCCUGAAACGUGGGAACACGAGAUAGCCGCCAGUUCGACGGCCGAUGGCCACCCCUCACUGCGCAGCGGUCUGUGGGUACUGUCCGGAUUGUUGCUGUUCACUAUUGUGGAAAAAAUAUUUUCCGGUUACGCGAACGUCGACGAACAAAAUCCUCAGCCGAAGUGUGUUGAAAUUGCGACCUGUCUGUUGCGCCGUAGCGGCGGUAAACUCCCGGAAGGAUUCGUCGGUCUUUGCGGUGGCGAUGGGAAGGGUUCGUGUGAUAUUGAGGACGUGCCGAACGGAUGCUUCCUGGCGGGCAACAGUGCGAGCGAAAAGCCACGAGAUGAGGCAGGCCACCGGAAGGUGGCAGGAUAUCUGAAUCUACUCGCGAACUCGAUCGAUAACUUCACGCAUGGACUGGCGGUGGCUGGGUCGUUCCUGGUUUCGCUACAACAUGGACUGCUGGCAACGUUUGCCAUUUUAUUGCAUGAAAUUCCUCAUGAGGUGGGCGAUUUUGCGAUCCUGCUGCGAUCCGGCUUUAGCCGCUGGGAUGCCGCCAAGGCUCAGUUACUUACGGCCGGUGCCGGUUUGCUGGGAGCGCUGGUCGCGAUCGGUGGAAGCGGCGCUACCACGGCACUGGAGGCAAAAACCUCCUGGAUCGCACCAUUCACUGCCGGUGGCUUUCUGCACAUUGCACUCGUAACGGUGCUACCGGAUCUGCUGGACGAAUCGAAUCCGUGGGAAUCGUUCAAACAGUUUGCCGCCCUGCUGCUCGGUAUCGGACUGAUGGCGUUUAUGACCGUCUAUCUGGAGCACUAGAGGAAGCGAUCGCGUGUGUGCGGCACAAACAAUGUGAACGGCUGGUUACCGACGGAAAAAAACCCUUUAAAUAGUAACCUGUUUCAAAUCAGGAAGCGAUCGUUUAUAGUAUGUAGAUAUUGUUAAUUUGUCAUGUAAAAACAAAAAACGACUUACACUCGACCUCCAAACACACGCCACACUACGGUUAGAGGUGACGAAUUUGAUUCACCCUUUAGCGGGUGCCAACACGACUGUAAAUAUGACCGAUGAUGAUACGUUCCCAUCGGAACACGAAUGGCUUUAAGGUCUUUCACAAUUAUGUUUAGUAGUUGUUAAGCAGUAAGUUAAACGUGUAAGUGAUUCAAAACACACUGUUCGUAGCAGUAAGAUAAAAUGAGACCACAGAAAGUGUGCUUCGACGCUCAAAGUUUGGAUUGAUAAGCUUAGGAGAGCAAUAAUGUAAAGUCAAUUCCGGGGACAACAGUGUGUGUUUGCGUGAUAGAAUCACAAACGAAAUUAGACGAUGCCAUAUAAAGAUUGAUAUACUACUGAUUGUCUCCAAUUAUGGAGGAAACACAUUUCCCGGCUCUUUACCACAGUUACUCGCACUAUAUAUAUCGAACAAAUAUUGAAAUAUGUUUUUUCUCCAUCAAAAACAAAAUUAAGAUCACCAUUAUGAUUGAAUACUAUUGUAUUGUUAUAUGUACUAUUACUAGUCGUAUUAUUUUUUCGAGCUUCCCGACUACUAGGUUAUUGUGUAGUAAAAGCGAAGCAGGUUCAACGGUGAUUCACCUGAUUAGAACAAGAGACAGAGAGGUUGUGAUAAAAUAGCUUUCGUGUGCCAUCUUCAUAUGGUGCGAAGGGUUGAUUUGGUGGUUAGCAUAAAUUGGCAAAAUAAAUGCAUCCCAGUAUGAAAAG